AUGAAGGAGGAAGUGGCGCCCCCACCCCAUCCUCGUCACGCAGCUGUUAACCACUCCUUGCCCUCUCCCUCCUGUCAUUCGUCCUCUCCUCUCUGUGCGCAUGAUGGACUGCUGUCCGGGGCAAACCGCACGCCUCAACCAUACGCUGAGUCAGUUCCGCUUAAGUGUACAGUCGCUAGGAUGAACUCGAGCGUCAGUGAUCCACCGCAGGUCGCCACGUCCUCCGCCGCCACACCAGAGCGUUCGACUGUCGAGCUUCAGCCAGCCAUUCGCCAGCGUACCAUCGCCUUCUGCUUCCCCAACCCCAGGUCAGCAUCCUCCACGGGAACAGCAGCGGAGGUCGAGAACGAUGACGCUGAUGGGGGCAUCCGUGAGGUGCUCCACCUGUCAAUUCGGGGCUUCGUCGAUUACUUGCUGCUGUUCGUGACCGAGGCGCAGACCUGCGCGCCUGGUGUCCUCCUCCGCUACGACGCGCCAGCUGUUGGGCCCAGCGCCUUUAUGUACGACGAUGAGACGCCAUCACUCGACUUUACGGUCCUGCUCGGCCUCCGCGACCACCCGCUGACAAACCUGCUCGCGAGCACUAUAGCGCACCGCAUCCGUCGCUACGGUGAAACACGACCGCUGCUGAUGGGGCUCAGUGUGGUGGAAACAGCAAAGGAGCUGAGCAGCGGCCGUGCCAAGAAGCUAUUCCUCGACUACGUGGCGUCCAACCUGCUCGAGUUGGCGGGAGAAGCGCAGGCAACGCCAGAGUGA